AAUAAAGAAGCCCACUGGCCAUUUCUCCCAACAAGCAUAGUUUAUUUUCAACCCUCAGCAAAAUGAUUCCAACUAAAGAUCAACCUGUCCUCAUCAUAGGCGCUGGUAUAAGCGGCCUGCUUCUUGCACAGAGUCUCUCACGACAUGGUAUUCCCUUCCGUGUAUUCGAACGCGACACAGACCUUGAAACACGUGGCGUAGGAUGGGGUCUCACUCUUCUCUGGACGCUGCCUGCCUUGAAAGCACUUUUACCCAAGUCUCUGUUCGAUCGCUUGCCAGAAGCCUAUGUCGAUCGAGAAGCUGUUACCCAAGGGCUGUCGUCGAGCUUCCCGUUCUUCGAAUUGAGUACAGGAGAGCUCAAGGCCUCUGUACCUAAAGCACCAGAGGCAGAACGCGUCCGAGUGACAAGACAGGGUCUCAGAGUUCUGCUAGCCACUGGGAUUGAUAUUGAGUGGAGUAAAGCUGUUACCGGAGUCGUGUCGACAGACGACUCUGUCACUGCUUCAUUCGAGGAUGGCAGCUCAGUGACUGGGAGUUUACUCGUCGCAUGUGAUGGCAGUCACUCACGAGUGCGUCGCUCACUGUUCCCCGAGUGGAAGCUCCAAGACAUUCCUGUUCGAAUGCUAGGCAUCAAGAUGGAACUAUCACCUUCACAGAUCAAGCCAAUUCGCGACCUUGAUCCCUACUUCUUUCACAGCACAAACUCGAGGAAUGACACCUUCAUAUACUUUAGUGUCCUCGACGCGCCAGGCAAUCACGCCGAUACCAACCGCCCGUACAUCGGGCAACUAUGUGUCUCGUGGCCAUAUCGCGAAGGUUUCCUGAACAGACCUUCUCCUAUCGAGAUUCCGGAGACACCGGAAGAGAAGUACAAGUUGGUUCAAGAGUUGACUCUCACCUGGGCGGGAUGCUUUCGUCCGCUUGCAUCCGCAGUCUCACUGGAUAGCGAGAUGAAAGGUCUCAAGAUACAAGACUUGACCCCUCCGAGAAACUUCCAAACGGCUGGCCGAGCUGUACUCAUGGGAGAUGCUCUUCACGCAAUGGCAAUGUCUAACAACGAAGACCGGGGAGAGGGCGCAAACCAUGUCAUCUUCGACGUUAAAGACUUUGUGGAACGAGUUGUUCCUGCUCUCAGCGGCGAUGGCGAUCUGAGAUCCGCGCUGGAUGAGUAUGAACGAGUGGUCAUUACCCGAACUCGUCCAGCAGUACUGGCCUCGAGGCGAGCCUGUCUUGAUGCACAUAAUUGGAAGAGAAUUAGCAAGAUGAGCCCGCUGUUGACAAAGCGCAUACCAUACAUAGAAUUUGAGGAGACUGAGAAUGUUGAAGCACUGCAUAGACUUGAAGAAGGUAAUUAA